AUGACACCUGAAUCAAACGCUCCAUCAGUGGAUCCACACAUUGUGGGCAAUGCGUUUGUUCAAGAAUACUAUAACCACCUAUACGAAUCGCCCGCGAAUGUUCAUAAAUUCUACCACGAGGGUAGUGUGCUUGGACGGCCAGGUCUCGAUGGCUCGAUGGUUUAUGUCAAUUCUUUGAAAGAUAUUAAUGAUCAGAUAAUGUCCUGUGACUACCAAAACUCGAGGAUCGAGAUUCUGACUGCUGAUUCCCAAACAUCUUUUAAGAAUGCAGUUGCAACUGUAGUCACGGGUUUAGUGAUCGGAAAAGAUGGAGAAAGAAAGACGUUUUGUCAAAGUUUCGUCCUUGUGCCACAGAAAGGAAGCUGCUACUAUGUGCUAAACGAUUUCUUGAGGUAUGUGUCUGAUGAGUUAGUUGAACCAGAAGCUACCGAGGAGGUUGAGGAGAGUCCUCGAGUAAUCGAGUCAACAGAAACUAUCACCGCAGAGCCUGCCAAUGAAACUGUAGAGGCGGUUAUAAUCCCUAGUCAAGCUAAAACUACAGUGACAAAACCCACAAGUGCUGUAGCAAACGCACACGCGAAAGUGCCCAAGGAGAAAGUGGUGGUUAAUGGAAACAGCAACUUACCUAAAGCUGCUGAAGCAAAAUUUCAAGAGGAUGCUCCCAAGAGAUCCUUUGCAGCAAUUGUCCAAUGCACUCCUUCCAAUGUUAAAGAUUCGCCAGUAAAGCCGAAACCUGUCGAAAAGCCGAAAAUUGCUCCUGAGCCCAAAGCUCCUGCCCCAAUUCCUGAACACCCUUCUGCUGAAACCACUGAAAAACCAGGUCAGGGUGGUUCCAUAUUCGUUGCAAACUUGCCUAUGGAUGCGACUCCCGAACAACUCUUUGAAACAUUCAAAGGUUUUGGAGCUAUUAGAAAAGGUGGUAUCCAAGUCAGAAGUUACCCGGAAAAAAGAAACUGUUUCGGGUUUGUGGCAUUCGAAAAUAGUGAAGCAAUAAAGAAUGUCUUCCAGGCUCACAACGAAACUGCAAUCAGAAUUGGAAACCGAAGAGCAUCUAUAGAAGAAAAGCGAGGCAAGGACAAUGAAAAUGGCGGCAGACCGUUUGUACGAAACAACGGUUACUAUAAGAAUGAGAAUGGUUACAGAAGAAACGAUGGAAACGGACCUCGAGGCAACGGUUCCAAUGGAGGAAGAGGCUAUGGGAGACAGAAGAGUGAGGCUGGUGGUGAUGGUAAAGCAAAUCAGAAGAACGGCCAUGGCAAUACUAAGACCAAAAACUAG